UAUCAGCGAUCCGACACCCAUAUCUCGGAAAGUUACUCGCGUUGAUCGUUACCUACGGUAUCCGAUACUCACAAUAUCCGAUACAGAUGAUUGGAUUAGAGUUUCAUAUGAAAACAACAAAUAUAGUGAAGCUGAUACUCGUCACCCCACCUUCAGAAUCAUCGUGACACAAAAAUAUUCACACAAUUUCGGAAUUAAAAAGAAUAGGCUCAAAUUAUUGGAACACGCGCGCACGCCUUUAGUCCCUUUUUUAUAUCGCUCAUAAUUCGCGAGUUUCGAUGACUGUAACGCCCUUACAUCUCGCGCGUAUCUUGGCCCUGCUACUGAUCAAGGCCAUAACGUCGAACCACGCAGAAUUAUCGCGUUUCAAGGUCGCGGAUUCAAAAGGCGUCGGAGAAUCUCCCUCGCGUAAUUCCAAUUCCCACGCAUUUAACCACGGAGACGAUCCGUCAGGACAAAUAGAUCAAAUACCCCAGCAUCUGUGUUCUUCGUUCCUUCCAUCUUUCAAGAAGGAGCCCGCUCGCCCUAACGUGAUCGUUGGCCCUCGGUCCGCCUUGAACUUGGAAUGUAGAGCCUCGACCAAGUCUUUCGACUAUCACCCCAAAAUAUAUUGGAAAUUCAACGAGGAAUUCGUAGGAGCCGGACUCGCGGGAAAAUUAGGAAUAGUGGUUAAACCUAUAGGCGACCUACUAGUCCGAACCUUUCAUAAGAGAAGGAAUCAGGGAGCUUAUCAAUGCUUUCUGGCCACUACUUGCGGUACUAUAGCCGGUUCCAAGAUCAACGUCACUCAAGCGGAACUGGGAAAAGCUCCCCACUUUAAAAGGAUCGCUCGUUUUACUGAGGGCCAAUCAGCUGUCCUCAUUCCUUGCGAAGCGGCCGACAUGCAUUCCGUCCCCCAUUCCAUUCCUUCCGUACUAUUUACGCCUUACGCCGGGUUUCCGUCGGAGAGUGCCACCGAGUUUACCGUAUACGGCCCCGAGGAAAAUCAUAAAAGAAAAGGUUAUAUAAUGCUUCCCACUGGACAAUUGAUAUUAACUAACGUGACGCGGGCUGACGCAGGGACAUAUUCCUGUUGGGUGACGAAUUCCAUGUUAGAGAAGAGAAAGAAAGUGGGGAGGGUCGAAUUGAAGCCUUCCAGCGUUUUUGACAGACAUAGGAAUGAGAACGAAAAUGUCAUCACAGUUAACCUAACAUUGGAUUUGGGAAUCUUUCCGUUAGCUUCCGUGAGAAUGCAAUGUUUUCAAGAUUGGCAUUGGUCUCGUUCCCCUUUGACUGCCAUGUUUUCGAACGCCACGAUCGCAAAAGUAGUUUUGCCUUACAAAACCACGGCUAACGGGUCUGAUCUGCUUCUAUCCUCGCUGCUAGUCGAAGAAACGGAACCGAAAGUAAACGGGAAUGGCAAUAUAUCGCGCCAACGAUUACUAGCUUACUACACCACCAUGCUACGUAUACCUCUAAUAUAUUACGAAUGCUCCUCUAGAAGUAAUAAUGACUUGGUUAUUCGUUACAACGUCCUUUCCAACCUUCCUCCCGUCUCCAUUCUCUCGGGCCAUCCCGCCAAUCACAACGCUCCGUUCUCGGGUGAAGUGACUGAUUCUAAGGACAAUCGGGGAAAGGUCAUUUCGUCUUUUGACCAUGUGAUACCUUCAACUGCUCGCAAUAUAUUUACACAUCGCGGGGUGAAUUUAUCGACUACCGAUGAAACAAUAUUACCUUUGCUCACCAAUGAUGCCGUUUUAUCUUGCUCCAUUUUUUCUUCUAACCCCCUGACUUUCGAUUGGCUGCUCAACGGUCAUCCAAUUAAGAACGUUCAACAGACGAGCCAAUCAUCGUCCCUGCUUUCCUCCCUCGCUGACCAUAGUGAUCACAUAACUGCCGCCAUUUUCUCUCUCGAUACCCGAAAUAAGCCAGGCGUAUACGAAUGUUUAGCUAGCAAUAGACUGGGUUCGAUUCACGAGGUGUUCAGAAUUUCAGAGAAUUCAUACAAUGUAAAUAAUUAUAUGAAAAUGGAUAGAAGAGGAAACGAUCAAUCUAAUGUGCUUGAGAAGGGAUUAUCAGAUAGUUUACGUUUCAGAGAAAACGACCAUUCGAAAGAUGCUAAUAUAGUACAUGAAAAAUGGGAUUAUGAUAAUCUUGUUUAUGAGCCCUUGAAAUCGAACGUUUAUCAUAAGGAAAGGGAGAACGUUACCCUUGAUUCCGAAUUCGAUACGGGGGUUUUGAACAAUGAAAUCGGGGUUAACCGGAACCUAAGGCCCAAGUUGAUGGCUUUUAACCCCGAUAAACCUUUAAGCAUCAUCAGAAGUUCACAAGUUGAUAUCGCUUCUCGGAAUAGCGAAAAUAAAGAUAAUACAAGUUCCGACGAAAAAUAUUCGACGAGACAUGCCGCUUUCAGCACGAGUAACGCCAACUUAUCUCAUAUCGUAGGACAGUCUUUAGGGGAAGAUAAAACAAAGGUAAACGAUCGGCUCCGGCCAAAUCCUUUGUCUUCGUUACGCGAUCCUUUUGAUCUUCCAAGCGAAUCGAACCAUCUCGAUGUUGAAACUCACGCCAAAAUGAGCAAAACUGUAGGCGUUCCCUCUCAUCCAAAACAGGGCGUUCCUACCCUCCCAUUCCAAAAAACGAGAAACGCUCAUAAAAAAUUGGCUAGAAAUUCCCAAAAAUUGCGACCCUUCACUAUUUCGGGACCCUCUUCUCUUUCCCUAUCCACGGGUCAAGAUCUUAACCUUAACUGUUCUGCCCUAGAUCCAUUUAUUUCCACCCAACUGAGUCAUUCCACCAAUUCCAGAAUGAAUCCUUCCCUAUCCUUCACUUGGCUCAAGGACGGGCGUAACGUGCUCUACAACCUGGACGAACUUUGGUUCUCGGGCCGUAUCAAUAUCUCCGAAGGGGAACUCAUCUAUGAUCAAAACAAAUCGGUAAAAGUGUAUAAUUACACUCCCAGCGAUCCUGAUGUUCCUUCCUCGCCUACAGAAAAUCAUAGUUUUUUAAACGAGCAUAAGAACGAAAGAGCCUCUGGGAUGACGAUUAUAUCCGUUCUGCGAAUCGCCGAUGCCCAGAAGAGCGAUGCCGGGAGAUACACUUGCAUAGCUAGCUGGAAUUUCGGCAACUCUUUAGGGGAUCCAUCCUUGUCCAUGAAAACGCUUACCGCUUCCGCCGAAGUCAAGAUUGAGGAGGAUAAAAAUGUGCACUCCUUCAAAAACUUAGAUUCCAAAAUGGGAGGAAUAAAUAACCCAAAUCGAAUAAACCAGAUCCCUUUUCUUGAUCACCAAAGCAACAUUAACUUCGUUACCCAUUCUACCAAUUUUUACGGGGAGAAACCGAUACAGACCGAAGCUCUCGUAUCACCCCCCGCCAGAACUCACUCGGAGCCGCCACCCAAUAAAAGCAUAAACGAAAUCGACCAUAACGUAGAGAGCGAGAACGCCGAAGAGGCCUUGCCCGAUUCCCUCAUUUCCCCGAAGGCUUACGACGAUAGAAAAACAUUGACGGAAAUGUUGUCUAAUCUGGGAGGCGGUGGAGCUACCAAAGUGGCUCCAGAAAAGGGAGCUGAAAUGGUGGUGGGAAAAUCAGAGGAGGAACAAGAAAUGGUGGUUGUAAAAUCAGAGGAGGAACAAGAAAUGGCGGAAAAGUUCAGGAAAAACGGUAAGGGAAGGAAUCCUAAACGUAAAAAAUUGCCUCUCGACGCGAACUCUGAUGUGCGAAUAGGUUCUAUGGAUCCCGUUUCCUCGGAGAACGGAUUAAAAGACCUAACGGAACGAGAAAGAAUGGUACCUCCAAGUAAACCUAAUGUGACCCAAGUAACCAACGAUUCCGUAUUAGUCAGCUGGGACGUUCCAGCUAAUGCAGGCCUAUCCAUCCUAUUUUUCAAGAUUCAAUACAGGCAACUCCAAGCCAUAGAUCCAGACUGGAAAACGCAAAGCGGUCAAAUCAGGUCCAUUUCACGGUCCGCUAUUGUCGGUCCGCUUAGCCUUGGCGCCGUUUAUAAAUUUCGAAUUGCAGCCGUUUACCAAAAUUACGAUAACCGACAUGGACCUAACUCGGCGAGAUUCAAAAUUUUGAAAAUGUUCAAAACGCCCAUCUUAUCUAUCGCAAACUUAACCAGCGGAUUAGACGGUUUAAAGCAAGUCAAGCCUCACCCGCCAAUCAUUGUUCGGGUAAAUCCUGUCUCACAUUACGAAUUCGAAGUGGAAUGGAUGUAUCAAAACGAAAGGGAGGAGAAUGGACUACUUGAUUCCGAACCAUCUUCCUGCGUUCAAUCCGAUCCCAAUAAGCCAACAAAUUCGAACGAGAGUCAGUAUCAACUAUCGAAAACCGGGUUUUAUGUAUACCAUAGACCAGCCGGGUCGGUCUUGACAUAUCUGAGAUCGGAACCGCUCAUAAUUCACGACGACAAAACGUCGAAUUCGGUCGAGGGUAAUAAACGCAAUACCGGGAAACAUGUAUAUCGGCACAGGGUGCAAGUUAAGAAGCGGCUCCAAUCCGACAUUGACCAAAAUGAUUUGAAGGGCGAAUUGAAAGGGGGAACCUAUCAAAAUAUAAGCAACAUGAUCGAAUCAACGACUCAUAAUGAUUCUGUCGUCCUCGAGAUAUCUGGCAAUGAUCUCCAGAACCCACCCUUGCAUCCCAUGUUUCCCGAUGCAUCUAGGUUUGAGGUGAGAAUGGUGACCUUCGUUUCUCCCCUCUGCCCGAACCUAAUGAACGCUUCCCACUAUGAAUCAGCUAUCAAAAGCAAGUUGAGCAAUCCUAAAUUCGUUGAUAUGUCUAAAUAUGUUAUGAGUAAUUCCUUACUCACUCAGAGGGGUCACCGAUUGGACGUUCCACAACCAUCUCCGCCCUUGCCUCAUUCGUUGACCUCCAGACGGCUUUUCUUUUUGGUGUUGGGCAACGCCAUGGCCUUUUUGCUUAUUUUGCUAUUCGCUUCCUCCCUGGCGUGUUAUUGCAAGCAAAGGAAACUUUUGGAGAAGCGAAAAAUAUAUAGAAACGGAGGACCUAACCUUGACGAAUACAAUAUGACCACGUACAAGAAAGGCUGGAAAAGUAUCUUCACUUUCAAAUCAUCCAAACCCGCUUCUAGAAGGUUCGAAAAUGGCGGAAGCCCUGUCAAACUCCACAAUGGCAAAGCUCCUCUCAUGAUUUUGGACGUGCUUAGGAGAGCCGAAAUGUCCGCCUUCGAAUUUCCUAGCGAAAGGGAAGGGGGAACAGAUGACAAUAACCUGGACCUUAAAAAUAUGCAGUCUAACAAUGCCACCGAAACAACCUCCUUCAAUAUCUAUAAUGAUCGUAAUAAUUGUUCGCUCUACAAUAGCCCUCUCAACCAUUACGGGCACAAAAACGUUGAUUCUAGUCCCAUUUCAGCCGAGCGUGAACAUUUGAUAGUCCAGAAUGGGGUCAUUGGUGGUGAAAGAUCCUUUAGAGAAGAUUACAAAUACCAAAAUUAUCAAAAUGGAUACCACCCGUUCAAAAGGAAUAGGCCGAAUUCAAUCGUUCUCUCCAUAGAUCCCACCAAUUACACCAUUAAUAACAACACGAACUUCCCUUUCACGAAUCCCAAUCAUCAAAUUUUUUCUACCACCGAGCACCAUUUGAGCACUCUGCCAAGAAAUAGGAAUAAUAAUCAUAUGACCGUAAACAACCAAGGAGUAGCCACUCUAAACAAACUUUCCCUCGGUUACAACGGAACGAGUUAUAAAGCGUUGCAUCGAACGCCUAUUGCGGCGAAUUCCAUAAUUACCAGUAAUGGGGAAGUCAUUGACGUCUCAAACGAAAUGAAUCAAAAUUGGCCCAUCUUGAAUACCCGACUCGAGCAUAUGGGCCAUAACCCUCCAUUAGCUGCUCCCAAUAAUAGGAAUCUAUUUUAUUACGACACUUUCGGUAGGAAACGCAAAACGAGUGAUAACAAAAAUAACGGAAAAUUAAUGAACCACCCGUUCUCCUCCAAUACCUACACCAUGGUUCCGUGUCACGAAGAAGAGAUUGGAGGCGUGGAAGAAAGGCUCGAAGACGAGAACGUCGAUUCACAGUUGGAAACGCUAGGUGCCAUGAUAGAUAACAGUACGCCUAUAAUCAACGACCAAGAUGGGAUAGCCUCCUUCGACAAGAAUAGACAAAACCGCUCCCCGUUAAAAAAUUCGCGAUCCGUCAACAAAAGGAAUUGCAAUAAACCGAAUCAAAUCAACCGAAAUAACAAGAAAUUUAAGGGCCCCAACUCUAAAACGCCUGGAAGCAAAAUCUACAAUAAUCCUCUAUACGCUAACGGCGGUGAUACUAAAUAUAUGGCCGGCCAUAGAUCUGAGAGAGAUAUGUAUAGUUUGCUGUUGUCCCAGACAUAUAACGUUAACGGGGAAACGAAAAGGGGCUACGAGCCGAACUAUAAAAACACGAAGCAAUCAGUGCUAGUUAGGGCUAGAUCGGCUAAAAGCUUGGUCCCAGCCUUUGAUAAGAAUAAUAGCUACGAGGAGGAUAGCGAGAGAAAUAACGAUGAAACAAGUGUCCCUAUCGAGGACCGAGGCUCUGUUCGAUCGGCUAAUGUCAACCAGCAGUCAACGGCAUAUAGUGGGCCCCCGUCCGGAUCAUCUUUCGCCAGUCUUCCACCCAUUUCCGCCACCGACGCCUACCUCAAAGAUCCUAAAAUUAUUUACGGAAUAAACGAUGAUAAGCUUACGAGGGAGCAUGGGCAUAGUCAUUUGAAGAACUCCUUCGAUACCCAUCAUAUAGUCAAUAAUAAUAAUUGUAAUAACGGGAAUGGUUUGGAAAAUGUGGUAUACGGAAGCAGGUUCGAUGCUAUAGAACCAAUAUCCCAAGGAAUCGACAGAAAACCGUCGCUUUCCUCUUUCAAACCUAACAAAAGUCCGUAUUGCGUUAAGGAUCAUUCACAAUUCGACUUUGAGCGCGCGUCUGACACUUACUCAAAGCGAAAAUCCAUAGGCCAAGACUCGGCCCAAUCAAAUCGCACCUCCCAUUCCUCGUCCCUCUUAAAUCAAAAUCAUCAUCAUUCACCCAAUCCCGAAAAUAACAUCAGUAAUUUUGCCGCGAAUUACGCCGAUCCGCAUUACCCAAAUUUUUUGAAUUUUGAUCUCGACGAUCUAGGCUCGAACCCGGCUAGCCACCCUAUCCCCCUUCCCCCUUUUCUUAUAUCGGAGUUGGAGGACGAAGAGGAAACAUCCGACGCGCCAUUUGGACGAACGAAGAACGGCGGAGACUUGAAUGAGUUAGACGCCCUAAACGCGCGUUAUAUAGCUUCUUACCUGGAUUUUUCCGUUACUCGGGAGCACCUUCAUCCACAGGAUCCCCCCUUGACCAUGAGGUCCUUCAAGAGAUGAAAUAUUUUUUAAAAAUGGGAUCAGGUGAUGAAAAAUAGAUAAUCAUAGUUGUCUAAGUGAAUAGAUACAUGUCCUUAAAAAUAUCAUUUUAGCUAAAAGUCUUACCGAUUUGUACCAUGAUACUCCUCCAAUUACAAAAUAGCAUUUUAUCAUUUUUUGAGUCUAUUUGACUUCUCUUGUUUUUUUUAAGUUAAUGCUGCAAAAUAUAAAAUUUUAAAUAUUUUCUCGUUCGUCAAAUAGUUUUAUGAGAUC